CAGUAAUGUAGCUCAUCUCGAAUCGGACCGAAUGGAAUUCUGCACUGCCUUCUUAAAAGAUUCCACACAUUUUAAUUCGCACAUACACACAUUCCUCUGACGUUUUGCUCAGCGUACAACAUACUGCUGGCGUGACCACAAAAAGCUGCUCGGUUACACUGUGAAUCGGGACAGCAAGUCAAGAUAUCAGAGAGAAAGAUACAAAAAUACACUGUUGUACGGCUUUGAGGAGAGACCCUAACGAGAGGCCCAGCCAAAAUGCCGCUGUUUGGUAAGUCCCACAAGAAUCCUGCCGACAUCGUCCGGACUCUGAAGGAGAACUUGGCCAUCCUGGUUAAACAGGACAAGAAGACUGAGAAGGCGUCGGAGGAGGUGUCCAAGUGUCUGGUGGCCAUGAAGGAGAUCCUGUAUGGGACUAAUGAUAAGGAGCCUCACACAGAGACGGUAGCCCAGCUGGCCCAGGAGCUCUACAACAGUGGCCUGCUCAUCUCCCUGGUGGAAAACCUGCAAGUCAUUGACUUCGAGGGGAAGAAAGACGUUUGUCAGAUCUUCAACAACAUCCUGCGGAGACAGAUUGGUACCCGCAGCCCCACUGUGGAGUACUUCUGCUCUCACCAAGAGGUUCUGUUUGUCUUGCAAAAGGGGUACGAGACCCCGGUGUCGGCGCUGAACUGCGGCAUCAUGCUUAGGGAGUGCAUCCGACACGAACCACUGGCCAAGGUGGUCCUCCACUCGGAACACUUCCACGACUUCUUCGGCUAUGUCGAGAUGGAGACCUUUGACAUCGCUUCGGACGCCUUCGCCACCUUCAAGGAUCUGCUCACAAGACACAAGGUCCUGGUAGCUGAAUAUUUAGAACAGAACUAUGACUCUGUUUUUGAACAGUAUGAGAAGUUACUGCACUCUGAGAACUAUGUGACAAAAAGACAGUCAUUAAAGUUGCUGGGUGAACUGCUGUUGGACAGACACAACUUCACUGUGAUGACCCGGUACAUCAGCAAGCCUGAAAACCUGAAGCUGAUGAUGAACUUACUGAGAGACAAGAGCCCUAACAUCCAGUUUGAGGCCUUCCACGUCUUCAAGGUGUUUGUGGCAAACCCCAACAAGACACAGCCCAUCAUAGACAUCCUUCUGAAGAACCAGACCAAACUUAUAGAUUUUCUUAGCAACUUCCAGAAGGACCGCACGGACGACGAGCAGUUCAACGACGAGAAGACCUACCUAAUUAAACAGAUCCGGGACCUUAAGAAACCUGCCUCUUAAACCCCCUUUCCCACUAGCCAUUAACCUAACCUUUACUACAAAAUACAUUAACAAUGGUGAUUAUAUUUAAAAUAUCUUUGCGGACAUUUGUCUCUUUCUUGGUUUACUUUGAGACUUUGUGUAAGAAUAGCGCAUAUCACUGAAGUUUUUCUGUUUUUACUUUUCAUGAAUCCUUAUUGUUAGCAUAGUGUGCCACUUUUUCCAAGCCAACUACUUCCUCUCCAGGAGAACCAAUGUUUAAAGAAACCUCAAGGUGAAUGGCUAAAUGAUAGGGAGACACCAUAGGUCAUAACUAAUAGGCCAGACAUUUAGUUUAUUUUCAGUUCCACUUGGCAUACCUAAGCUAGCUAAACACUUCACUUACACACUCUCUUAAAUCUAACCCCAGUAAACUGAGGUAUCUGCAAUUCAGAAUCAAAUGAAUAAAUUGCCCUUUUGGUAUUAGUAAAGGGUGUAAAUAUUCUUCUGAAUUGUUCAGAUUCUACAAAAUGUAGUGUAACACUGUAAAAACACUAAUGCUUACAUUUCUGUAGAACUCCUGUUCAGACUCAAGUCCUGCCCUAUGGUUGUAUUAUGCUAUUUACAGGUAACGUUUUAAAGACUGGAGGUCCAUGAUUACCCAAAAUGUGAUUUUGAAAAUAUGUCCCAUGAUGGGAGAAUGAACCAAAACCACAACCAGGUGUUUUUUUAAAUGUAAAAAAAAAAAAAAAGAAAAUCCAAAAAAGGCCAUUAUUUUGGAUUUGUUUUAUUUACUGCAGUCAUCAAUGCUUUUGUCGACGGAUACUCUUCGCAUGGCUGGAAGCACUUUCCAUAUAAUUCUAUUCCUUGUUUAUCUUCAGCUCUUGAAGUCAACUUUUUUUUGUGUGUGUGUGUGUGUGUGUAAAAGCUGGUUUUAAUCUCUGAGUGCCAUUGUGAGUGACAGAUUUUGGGUGACCUUAGAGGCAGUUGCAGGGAGACUUUCACAGCAGUUUCUUUUCUGUACACAUUUCUUGAGUGUUUUCUUCUGCACUGCACCUUUUAGGAGGUGGUCGGUGGAACACAUUAACAUGGUGCCUUUAUUUUACUGUUUUCCUUAUAUUUUUUCUGUAUUUGAAAUACCUUUUCUAGGGGAGCUUAAUUCUUUUUUUUAAAUAUAGUCUGGUUGAACAUGUGUCAAUUUAGCAAUUACCCUCUAACUGACUGUGUUGGAGUCAUGCUGUUAAAUGAAUGUUUUAUUUCAUAAUGACUGUUCUUGGAGUUCAGUGAUCCCAUAAGAAAAUGACCAAAACAAACCAAUGAUGGACAAACUCGGCGGGUGAUGAUUGCCUGAGAAGGUUUACUGUUAAUCUACUAGUACAAAGAGGAAAUGGGUCUUGCUCAGAAAACAAUAUUAGCAGUAGCUAGCUUUGGGGUACUAUAAAUGAAAUUUAGAAACCUCACAUUCAGCUUAAUUACUGAGCCAAUCCAUUUUAAAAUGGUGGUUGAUAUUUUCAUAUUGCUAUGAUUCUAAAAUAUACUUUAAUGAAUCUGAACAGCACUAUGCCACUGAAUAAUGUGACAGUUCUCUUAAUUGACACAUUUAUUCAUAAGUAGAUUGUACAUCAAAUGAUAGAAGUUAUAUACUCACACCUAUAUUGUUUUGGUGAAAAAGAACAUUUAGCCUUGCCUAUACCUGCUGCUAACCUGCUUCCUUUUUUAUGCAUGCAUUUUAAAACCAUUCUAGGUAAUUAAAAUAGUUUUGGUAAGCACAUUUUGAUCUCUAUUGAUAGGAGGAAGCAACUCAAAGGGUGGAGUUUACGGGUGAAAUUCAAAUAAGAGACUCACAGGAUUGCUGCUUAGAGGUGGGUGACAGGUUUUAAAUGCCCAGUUAAAUACCCAUGCCAGUGUUGGUUUCCGUCUUUACUGAACAUACUUAAAUAUGCUUCAGUACAUUUUAGCCAUUUGGCCAAAGCUCUUAUCCAUAGUGACUUCAGGUAGAUAACAUCUACUUCCAUUCUUCGUGACUGAGUAAACAGCUUUAUAUUUACCUAAGAGGGGGAAAAAACAACAGCGGUUCUCUCCUCUGCAGCAGACCAGUUCACAAGUUCUAAUCUUGCAUAUGCCCUUUGGGAGAAUUCUGUUCGUUUAAUUACUUAAACCAGUCAACUGUUCAGGAAGUAUGUUAGCACUAGGUAUGACCAGGGCAUAUGAAGGCUUUUCAGGAAGAAGUGCAAAAAUAAUUGUUACUUCAUUACUGUAUAAUACAACCAGUUAAUAUAUCUUUUUUUUUGUUUAAAUAGAAGAUUUGGCUACAGGACUGCAGUUAAAGAAGCUCUGCAAUUUCCAACCAAAACAAUUGCUUCUGCUAAAAUGUUUAAAAUAUAUUGAAGAAUCUUUAGCAUACCCUGACUCUGAAUACUGUAGCAGUAUCUGAUGAGUGGUAAUUGAUCAGUGCUGUCGAUGGACCACCAAAGGCACACCAAAUAUUUUCCAAAUUGAUAGGAGGUGGAGGUUGUCUGAAUUUGUUUAUUAUUUUUUUGGUAUGAAUAAUUACAACAGACCUUAUGCAGUGGUGAUAUGAGUAGGGCUGCCUAUUUAAACUCAGCCAUAGAAAUGAGAUUCACAUCAAAAAGAAAAUGCAGCGUAGCCAAAUCAGUAACAUCAACUUUGGAUAAACCAUUUUACUUGACUAAAAUGAUCAACUAUAUUUGGUUAAACAUUUUGACAAGUCAACCAGGGGACUUAAUUUGAAAAAAACAGCCAUGUGUUUUCCCCAUUGAUGCUACUGUACAACAUCACCAAUAAAGAGUAGAAAUGCC